ACAUGGUUACAGUUUCGUUCAGUUGACGGUGAGUUUUGUAAAACCUUUCAAUCCAACACUGAAAUUUGAGAUCUGAAUUCCUUUCUUAGCAGGCGUAUGAAUAUUAAUGUUGAAGACAGAUUGAUUCAAUCCUUCUUCGGUUCACGAUGGAUAAAUUAGGGUUUAGUUUGAGGAAAUUGGGAACAUUAUUGGUUUUCAGUUUCAUAACAUUCUCUCUAUUACUCAUAUUCAGUGUUAAACACCAAAACUCAAUCUUUGAUUUUGUUGCCGGAUUUCCUAACCGCAGUCUUACUUCUUCUUCUUCAACUGUCUUGAAAGAAGGAGCUUCAAAUAUUACAGUUAAAACAGAAUCAGCGGUAGGUCCAAAAAAUCAUUCACUUGAAGACCAAAAGAAGGAAGAUACAUCUCUAUCUUCUACCAGUAUUGCUAAUGAUCAAUUACUUGAUGGACUUCUAGUUUCUGCAUUCGAAGAAGCAUCGUGCUUAAGUAGGUUUCAAUCUCACUUAUACCGUAAAGCUUCCCCUUAUAAACCUUCCGCAUAUCUGAUAUCCAAGCUACGAAACUAUGAAAAUCUUCAUACAAGUUGUGGACCUCGUACAAAAUCAUACAAUAAAGUCAUGACAAAGGGCCCAAAACUUGGCAAAAAUGAUGCAGGUACAAAUUGCAAGUACCUUGUCUGGACAGCUUCCAAUGGAUUGGGGAAUAGGAUGAUAACCUUGGUUGCAGCAUUUCUUUAUGCUAUCCUCACGGACCGGGUUUUACUUGUGAAAUUUGGGACUGACAUGUUUGGUCUCUUUUGUGAGCCAUUUCCUAAUUCCUCAUGGUUAUUGCCAAGAAAUUUUCCUUAUUGGAAAGAUCAGAAACAUAUUGAAACUUAUGAAAACAUAAUGAAUAGCAAGAAAUAUAGAUCAGAGGGACUUUUGCCGCAAUUUCUCAUUCUUAAUCUACAGCACACCCAUGAUGGUCAUAACAACUUCUUUCAUUGUGAUCGAAGUCAGGGUUUUCUCCAAAAAGUUUCCGUUCUAAUUUUGUCGUCGGAUCAAUAUUUUGUCCCUUCUCUUUUUAUGAUUCCAUCAUUUACGCAAGAACUAAGCAAAAUGUUCCCUAAGAAAGACACUGUUUUUCACCAUUUGGGGCGUUACCUUUUCCACCCGUCCAAUGAAGCAUGGGAACUAAUUAGCAGGUUCUAUGAGGAACACUUAGCCAAGGAAAAUGAGAAAAUUGGCUUGCAGAUUAGAGUAUACAACACUCACCGAGCAUCACAUGAAACCAUUAUUAAUGAAAUUCUAGCCUGCACCCAUCAGCAUAAGCUGCUGCCUGAUAUCGGUGUGCCUAAGACAUCAGUGACAUCUGUUUUAAAGAAGCAAACAUCAAAAGCAGUUCUAGUAGCAUCUCUAUAUUCCGAAUAUGGUGAGAAGCUGAGGACUAUGUAUAAGGCAAAUACAACUGUGACCGGGGAGGUAAUAAAUGUUUAUCAGCCAAGUCAUGAAGGGCGUCAAAAAUCAAAUAAUGACACGCACAAUAUUAAAGCAUGGGCGGAAAUAUAUCUGCUGAGUUUGUGUGAUGCAUUGAUCACAAGCCCCAAGUCUACUUUUGGGUAUGUUGCUCAUAGUCUUGGAGGUUUAAAGCCAUGGAUUCUUGAGAGGGCAUAUGGGGAAAACAUCCCAAAUCCACCUUGUCGACGAGCCAAGUCCAUGGAGCCUUGUUUCCAUUAUCCUCCAAAGUAUGAUUGUAGGGCCAACAGCACAAUUGAUUAUACUUCCCUUUUUCAUCACAUGAAGCAUUGUGAAGAUGUAUCUAAAGGAUUGAGGUUGGUUAAUACUGAUCAUUAGGUAGCAAACUAACAUCUCACUACUUAACUUCAAAAUUCUAUGUUUGAUGAUAUCUGAGGUCCUCAACCACUGUGAACUAGAGGCAUGUUAUUGGUUGUUAGAAUGGAUUUUAUUGGAAUGAUCCCCUAUUGCCAGUUCUGUGAAUUGAUGAAAACCUCAAAUGACUGAAGCCCCUCUGCUUGUGCUAGUGCUAAUCUAUUGGCUAUGUGAUAAUACACAAAUGAACCUCACACGACUGAAGUCUCCUGCUAGGUGAAUUUAACGAGGCUUACAUGGUUAUGCUUCGCUGCUAUUUGUUGGAUAUCUCUUGAUGUGACCGGCGUAUGGUUUCUCUAAUAAGUGAUAAGCAUUACUGAGUCAACCAUUUGUGUAACAUCAGUUCUUAUCUUAGUUACUGCAUUUUGUGCUACUAGUUUUUGCUAAUAGAUAGCACUGUGAUUAUAAUUCUAUGCUCUUAAUAAGAUAUGGAGUAGUUAGUUCUGGUGCAAGUUGGGAUACAAACAUUAUAUUCUUAACUUGUCCAUUUGCUUAGUGUGUAAAUGGUUUUAAGUCGGAGUGUGAAAAAAAAUUGGUUAUCCAUAACCAAACCAGCCCAUAUUUUCUUAGUGUGUAAAUGGUUUAAAGGAGGAGUGUGCCAAUUUAUCACCCUUUAAAUUACUUUUAUUUUUUUCUUGAUGGAAAGAUAGAUAUUCAUUUAACCAACAAAGGGUACAAGCCCAGAAACAGGGUCACUUACAUCAGUGGUCAUGGCAGGAUAGGCAGCCUCCCACAGGCUAUCACCUUCCCUAUGUCCAAUUCUAACAAGGUUGUGAGCAUCAAUAUUAAGUGAUCUAGGAACAAAAAUAACAGAAGCUAGCCUAAAACUAUUACAGAAAAACGACAAUCGUCGGCUAUCGGUUCUAACACUGCAAUGUUCAACAAGCAAUUAAUACAAUCGACCGCU